UCCAAUCCUAAUAUUUUUCUGUACAUUCUGUGGAGAAUAUUCCCUGUUAUUGGAGAGGUUCGUGAAGAGGUUCAUUUGCUGUAGUAGACGUAAGCAGUGCACUAUACGGGCAACCAGAAUAAAUUGAUCUGGGCAUUCUGAUUACCUAUGGAGUUAACAUUUCCACUGUAAUGCAAAGCCCCGAAAUGUUCAGGGCAAUGGUUAAAUAAAAGUUUUUCCUGUACGUUGGAGUGAGACUGGAACAGCCAGGCUCAUUAAAUAUAGCCUUAGGCCAGAGCCGUGAUAUUUUUUCAGAAUGUUGUCGAGAUAAUCAUUUCAUUUCAGAUCGCAUCUCAAAAUAAAGAAGUUGAAAGCUUCUGACCAAUACAGGAAGCUAUAGGUACCUAGCUGUUAAAAUUUUCAACCAGGUGCACAAAUCUUGAAAUAUUCACUGCAAUUUCUCUCGUCCAUAAGAUGGACAUGUGAUUUGUUCGAUGGCGACAAAAUUUAAAAGCUACCCACGUUGCGUGUAUAGGGAGUGGGAAAACGAAAGAUAAUUUACCCGCAUUGUUGAGAGCGGGAAUCCGGAAAGAUAAUUCAGAGAAGGGAGAGUACGAGAAUUGUAAUGUAAUCACAUCAUGAUAAUGUUAGGGCCACCAGAGAAAACGAAGUGCAGGGAAACUGUCAGGCAAAGGUGGGGGCAUACCGCACAUCUCAAACCACGAUUAGGUGAAAUUACAACAGAGGAGGAGUUCUUUGCCCCUUUUAAACAUAAAUUCUGAGGCAUCGCAAUGGAAUCUUUGCUCCCAUCGGCUUUCUCUUUUUUGUUCACCCGCCUGUCUGUUUAUUCCAUUACGCCGCUGCCGCCAUGCCCCACGCGCUAAUGUCCUGCCUGUCCCCGCCGUUCUUGGAGCUUACCGCCGGAAGAAGCAACAAAUUUGCUCGCGCUAGGGUUUUCUGUCUCUAGGGUUUCAGAAGCCUUUGUUUAGGGCCGCGCAAGAGAAUGCCGUGGGAGCCAGCGGCGCAGGGGUCGCCGGCUUCCAAUGACAUGAAUGCGAAGCAUUCGAGCCUUAUGGAGGAUUAUCUUCAACUCCAAGAUGAAUUUGCAGCACUGAAGGAUCGGCUGCAGGCAGCUAAGAUGACCAAGGCAACUCUGAAUGCAGAAGUGAGAUUCUUAAGACUAAGGCUAGAGAAGUUGAAGAGAAGUCCUUCAGAUCUCGGAGAAAAAGAAAUCAAUUCUGUGAUUAUGCCCUUCAAUUCAUUGACUGCCUACCGCAGUAAAGCUGUUUCUGGAGCAGUUAUGCCAGAACCUUCUAGUCAUUCUCCUAUGAAUAAUUCUCCUGGUACAACAGAAAUUCCUGUUUUCAGGGAGCUACUAAGGACCAAUGGUUCUGAAGAACUCAUCAAGCGAAAUCCUGUCAAUGAGCACUCUGGAUUGGUCAGUGCUCCGAAGAUCUCCGCUUUAAGGAAUACUACAAAUGUGUUUAGCAUCACAAUGGCAGGAAAGAGAAAAGUCUCAUGGCAAGAUGAGAUUUCUUUGAAGUGUAACUGAUUGGCGUCAUGUGAAUUAUAUUGGUAUUAUAUAACAGCUUUGGGAUCAUAGGAAUAUUUUCCUGAAUGUUCACCAAUUUUUUUAUUGUUAUGAUUAAUUGAUCAGAUUAUAAAUUUCCUGAUAUAUGCAAAGACGAGUCACAGAAGCCUCCAUCAAGCUCUCUGUAUACAUUAUAACGUUACUCAAUGCCUAAGGAUAAUUUUCCAUUAGAUUCAAAUUGAUGGUCAAAGGCAUAAUUCUUUUUUCACAAUUUCAUUGUCCUCUCCUCUGGAGAAGUUUAUCAUCUUUAAAUAUCUUAAAAUUGCUUCAGAGGCUUCA